AUGAACAGUUUUAGGAUCAAUACGUAGCACAAACAGUCUCAAGUCUCAACAUCACCAGCAUGAUGUUUGUUGCCUUAGAUCAAUACGUAGCACCCUUUGGUUGGCAACUUGUCCAUCUUUGUGUGCCUUGGAAUAGAUGUCAUCAUAUCACCUAUACUCUGGUGCAAAUUCCGAAGGAACCCAAGCUUGUGUAGUUCACUAACAGGCUGCACGGGUCAUGGUUUCACGCCAUCCAAUGUUCAGCGAUGUUGUGUGGGAAAUAGAAACGCUUCAUGCCAUCCCACGAUUUCACAUAAGGAAUAUUCAAAGCCUAUUGCAUUUGAUCAAGCAAACUAUUCAUCAAUCCAGGAAAAAGCUCUUCAUCACCUACAUUCGUUUGAAUAUAGCAAAAGAAGAAUUUCGUCGUGACAACAACAUCGAAGAUAUUUUCAUCAAGCACCCUGAUGGAGUAUAUGGCCCAGGGACCUCCGGCCAACAGACUCUCACUUCUCCUACGCAGGCCCAUCAAGUCCGGUGAGCACACAAAGCCCAAACGUAGCGGCCCAAACAUGAGGAAGCCCACAGUGCACAUGUGGAUGCCUUCGACCCUAUGGCUGAGGACUCCAAAUUCUAGAAGACAACUUGAGAUUGACUGACUAUAUUGCUUAUAAUUAGUGAGUUAAUUUCAUGAGAUUAUCUAAGUUUCAGGUAGAAGUUGAAGCUUGCUACCAUUGCCGUUGCUUCGGGGAGUUUCAAGAGAGAAGACGUGGUUCGUGCUUCCUCUGUUCUGUUUUCAAAAUAAUUAUGAUAUGGCUCAUGGAUACUAUUUUUGGAUAAUUAAUUGGGGCUUGUAUGCCCAUGCUUGCCAAAGUGUGGCAUAAACACUUGUAUUAAAAUGUUU